GCGUCAAAAAAGAAAAAAAAUCCGCGACACAUUUUGUCAGCAGCCACCGAGCAUGGGUCCCUUUGGUAAUAGAAUAGCCAAUGUAAUUUGACACUUCAACUUACUGCGCUCUCUCCGAGUCUAUUCAGUUACUCACCCACUGACGUUGAGCCCAUUCUCAGUGGCCGUGAGGGGGGAAGAUAUUUAAAAACAAGAGCCCGAAAAUUACCGAGGACUUUCUCCGCGUAAUAACCCGGGGCAGAAGACGUGAGGUGCUGAAGUGUUUCUCCCCCUGGUGUGUGAAUGGGUGGGGGGGGUCCUUCGUGGUGACGGAUCAAGGAUUGAAGUCAACACAUAACGCUCCAGUUUAAUGGCUGGCAGGUAGAGGCCGAAGAGGGACAAUCAACAUGAACUCGAUUCCGUCGAUGGACAGACACAUACAGCAGACCAAUGACCGUCUGCAGUGUAUCAAACAGCACUUACAAAAUCCAGCAAAUUUCCAAACAGCAGCGACCGAGUUGCUGGACUGGUGUGGCGACCCCCGAGCCUUCCAGCGCCCCUUCGAGCAAAGCCUGAUGGGAUGCCUAACAGUGGUCAGCCGCGUAGCAGCACAGCAGGGCUACGACUUGGACCUGGGCUACCGGCUCCUGGCCGUGUGCGCUGCCAACAGGGACAAGUUCACUCCAAAAUCAGCAGCUCUUCUGUCCUCGUGGUGCGAGGAGCUGGGACGCCUCCUCCUCCUUCGUCACCAGAAGAACAGGCAGAACGAGCCUCCAGGAAAAGUGCCCAUGCAGCCCCCCAUGAGCUCCAUGAAGCCCAGCCUCUCACACGGAGAUGGGUCUUUUCCCUACGACUCAGUUCCCUGGCAACAGAACACCAAUCAGCCUCCAGGUUCGUUGUCUGUCGUGACUACCGUGUGGGGCGUGACCAACACGUCGCAGAGCCAGGUGUUGGGGAAUCCCAUGGCCAACAACAACAAUCCCAUGAACCCUGGGGGAAACCCGAUGGGUUCAGGUAUGUCUGGUAACAAUCCAGGGAUGAACUCUCCUCAGUUCCCCGGUCCUCAACAGCAGUUCCCCAACAAAGGGAACUCCAACCAGGGCUACAUGCAGCAAGGCAUGUACGGACGACCCAACUACCCCGGAGGAGGAGGCUUUGGUGGCAAUUACCCUGGAGGUCCUAAUUCUGGACCUGGAGGAAUGGGCAUCCCUCCACACUCCCGUCCUCCUUCAGACUUCACCCAGCCUGCCGCCGCUGCUGCAGCCGCCGCAGUUGCUGCUGCUGCCGCCACAGCAACCGCCACUGCCACAGCGACUGUAGCUGCCCUGCAGGAAACCCAGAACAAGGACAUGAACCAAUACGGACCGAUGAGCUCCUCUUUCCAGAUGGCACCAAACCAGGCGUACAACAGCCAGUUCAUGAACCAGCCAGGACCCCGUGGACCUCCUUCUCUCCCUGGGAACAUGGGCACAGGCAUGAAUGCAUCCAACAUGAGUGGGCCCCCAAUGGGAAUGAAUCAGCCCAGGGGACAAGGCAUGGGGCCUUUCGCAGCCCACGGUCAAAGGAUGCCCCAGCAAGGUUAUGCAGGUCCCCGGCCUCAGGGCAUGGGUAUGCAGGGCAUGAAAAGACCGUACCCAGGGGAGCCAAACUAUGGUGGGCAGCAGUAUGGACCAAACAACCAGUUUCCUAACCAGCAGGGGCAGUACCCCACACCGAAUGCCUCUAGGCCGCUGCCGUCCCCCAACUACCCUGGACAAAGGAUGCCAGGGCAACAGCUGCAGGGCCAAUACCCGCCACCCAGCGGUGCCAUGGGCCAGUACUAUAAGCAAGAGCCACCCUUUAAUGGCCAAACAAAUAACUUCUCCGGGAGUGGAUACCAGUACAACCAGGGUAAUAUGAAUGGGCCUCCGAGGCCGGUGGGUAACUACCCUCACUCCCCAGUGCCAGGCAACCCAACCCCUCCGAUGACCCCUGGAAGUAACAUCCCUCCAUACCUGUCGCCAAACCAGGAUGUGAAGCCGCCCUUCCCUCCUGACAUCAAACCAAAUAUCACCUCUCUCCCUCCCCCUCCAGCCAACCACAACGAGGAGCUGCGGCUGACGUUUCCAGUGCGGGACGGAGUGGUUCUAGAGCCCUUCAGGCUAGAGCAUAACCUGGCUGUCAGCAACCAUGUCUUCCACUUACGGCCGUCUGUACACCAGACACUCAUGUGGAGAUCGGACCUGGAGCUGCAGUUUAAGUGUUACCACCACGAAGAUCGCCAGAGUAACACCAACUGGCCAGCAUCGGUCCAAGUCAGCGUAAACGCCACGCCGCUCACCAUUGAGCGGGGCGACAAUAAGACCUCCCACAAACCCCUGCACUUGAAACACGUUUGCCAGCCAGGGAGGAACACAAUCCAGAUCACAGUCACUGCCUGCUGCUGUUCGCACUUGUUUGUGCUGCAGCUGGUCCACAGGCCCUCAGUUCGCUCUGUCCUCCAGGGCUUACUGAAGAAGAGGCUUCUGCCUGCAGAGCACUGCAUCACCAAAGUUAAGAGGAACUUCAGCAGCGUAGCGGCGUCAUCGGGCAAUGCGACGCUCAACGGAGAGGAUGGCGUGGAGCAGACGGCCAUUAAGGUUUCCCUCAAAUGUCCGAUCACCUUCCGGCGAAUACAGCUUCCAGCAAGAGGCCAUGACUGCAAACACGUUCAGUGUUUUGAUUUGGAAUCAUAUUUACAACUGAAUUGUGAGCGGGGUACAUGGCGAUGUCCUGUAUGCAAUAAAACAGCGUUGUUAGAGGGACUCGAAGUGGACCAGUACAUGUGGGGAAUCUUGAACGCCAUUCAAAACUCGGAGUUUGAGGAGGUAACCAUUGACCCGACGUGUAGUUGGCGACCGGUGGCUAUCAAAUCUGAUAUCCACAUUAAAGAGGAUCCAGAUGGACCGCUGGCCAAGAGGUUUAAAACUAUGAGCCCCAGCCAGAUGAUCAUGCCCAAUGUGAUGGAAAUGAUAGCUCAGCUCGGUCCUGGACCUUCGCCGUACCCGUUACUAUCUUCGCAGCAAGGGGGCAACAACAGCGAAUACGGCAGCCAAGGCAACAGUUACCAGGGACAUGGGAACUUUGACUUCCCUCACGUCACCCCUGGUGGUACGUCGAUGAAUGAUUUCAUGCACGGUCCCCAGCUGUCUCACCCACCGGACAUGCCCAACAGCCUGAUGGCCCAAGACAAGCCACUCUCCCACAACAUGCCUGACUCAAUACCUCACUCCGCCGGCAAUGACCAGUCGCAUGGUCCAUUGCAGCAGAGCUUACAUGCAUCUCCUCACCCUGGGAGCCAAUCAGGGCAGCAGCUACACCACAGCGGGCCUCCUCAGCCAUCACGACAAGCGCCGCCUCCUCAACAACAACAACAACAACAACAGCAGCAGCAGCAACAACAACAGCAGCCCGGCCCCAACAACCAUCCCCACAGCGACCUGUCCUUCAACCCCUCCAGCAGUUUGGACAGCCAAGCAGGGUCGGACAUGCCUGAGCCAUCUUUAGACCUUCUUCCAGAGCUCGCUAACCCGGAUGAGCUGUUGUCGUACCUGGAUCCACCAGACCUCCCCAGCAAUAGCAACGACGACCUUCUAUCGCUCUUCGAAAACAACUGAGGCAGUUCAGACACACAUAAACUUUUCUGACUGCCUGCAGUGUCCCUGAAAAACCCAGGGCGGUCGCUCAGUACUUGAUAAACACAAAGAUGCACUCCCUUUCUCUUCUUCCUCUUGUACAGUUUUCAUUGGCCAGCGCAGAUUGACUGAAAGAGGUUCAAACUCAAAGACACAGCUGGAUGCUGGGGGGGGGGGGCCGUGGCGAUUACUUUUGAACUGUGCAGCUAUACUCAGUUGAUUUUUUUAACGCCACACACAGGUGUACGUGUGCACAUUAGGAACGUGUUGUAGCAUUUUUUUAUUCAUGUUUUUUUUUUUUUUUUUUUUUUUUUUUUUUUUUUUUUUCCUUUUCAGAAGAAAAAGGAAUUCACUGUAUAAAACAGAAAAAUAACUGAAAAAAAAAAACCCUGCGCUAUCUCUGGCCAGUGUGUGCGUUUAUUAUGUCCACGUUGUUAUUCCAAUCUGAGACGUCACAGCUUCCUGGUGUCACAGCUCCAUUCCCUGACUGGUCUGGUUAGUCGCAUUGUUUUUGUCCCAUCACACAUCAUUUAAAAGCACAAAGAGAUUUUGGCAAAUGCAAAAAAAUAAAAAAAUGGAAAUAAAAAUCUUUACGACGGGAAAAAAAGAUGAAUUAAAUUUAGCGUAUGUCUGUCCUUGACGAAAAAAAGUUUUUUAGCAAAUUUUUUUGCACUUAUGCAAACAUUUUAAAAAACGAUUUUUGGGAAUGAUUGGCUUCCACUUUUUUCCACAAUUUGAUACAUACAUAUUUUUGUCAAAAAGAGCUUUUCAGCGAGUGCUGACAGCUGGAACGGAGAUUUUGGCCCCACCAAAACAAACAAACAAACAACGAAAAAAAAAAGUUUAUAUCGCAUACCUGCACUUCUACAUACUGUAUAGUCACCAUCCUCCUGUACAGAGGAGCGGUUUGAAAGGAAACGAAAGGUACAAUAUGAGAGAUUGGGGUUCCUGUAAUGAUCCUGCUGCGUUUAUUGCUUGCUGCUACAACUCCUUCCACGCCGUUCUGCUCUGCAUGAGCCCCGGUGUCGCUCGUGUCAGCAUUUUUGCCACGUUGCAUCUCUCUCCCUGUUAAAUGAUGUGCUGUUUAAGUAGUCUACAAAGUGCAUGUGUGCCAAGCCCUUGUCUAGUGCUGUUCCAAGUGGUUUAAAAAAAAAAAAAAAAAAAAAAAAGAUAGUGUGGUUUUUAUCAGUUGCUGUUUCCACAGCUCUCUCGUUUGUACGUUUUUUUGUUUGUUUUUUUGGAUUUCUGUUCGACUUAGUAUGAUUUAUUUAACACUAACAUUGAAGGGAUAAUGCUGAUGUAUCGGCGAUACAUUUAUCAUGUAUCUGCUGGGUAUACUGUAUUAUGUUUGUUUGUUUUCUUGUUUUUUGUUGCUGCAUAAUUAAACUAUCCAUAAAUCUUUUCGGGGGAAACUGCUCAACAUCACCAAAGUUAGAGGGAUGAGAAUGGAGGAGGCGUUUGUGUGUUUGCUUGGUCCUGUGUAAGACUGCGAGUGUGUGUGUGUGUGUGCGUGCUCGAAUGUGACUGUGUGUGUGUGUUUCUAUUAGUGUGAUGGGAGGUAAUAUUGAUUUCAAAGAUAUAGGGGGAGGACAAAUACAGUUUAUCCAUCACUGCUGUUUCGAGAAGUGGUUUUUAAAGCAGUAUUGGUGCAGACCUUUUUGCCACAUUUGUUUUUUUUCGAUUUCACUUUUUGAGAAGAGUGCUGUUCAGUAUGCAAAUGUAUUAUUUUUUAAGAAAUGCUAUUGUACUGUAAAUAUCAUUGUGAAUAUUUUUGUAUCAUCUUGAUAAUGUUUGUCCUUUUUGAUCAUUAGUCGUCCGACCUAACCGCGUAUGCUCCCAGACUCCCAUCUAACCACUGACUUUGUUUGUAACCAGCAUACGACAGCUGUCUCGCCUCCUCGUUGUAGGGAAGCUAGUCCAAAUGUCUCAUAAGCUAUUUCCUGCAGGUCAUCGUGCUUUCUAGUCACUUUCUUCCCAGUGCACUCUUGUCUCACACCUGUCACUUACAGAGAGGUGUCCCAUCUUUAUCUGCCCCCCCACCCCUUCUCUGCGUCAGCUCGAGGUGAUUGUGUAGCAUCAUGUCAGUUCCCAGACGUCAGUCUCUUGGCGAUUUUCUUUCACGCUCAGAUGUAUUUGAUUGAAAAUGAUCAAUGUUGUCUAUUCAUGAGUUUAUGUUAACAUUUUAUCAGUGAUACUGAACAGUAAUGGUUUUAAAAAAAGAUGUGGUAUCAGCUGGCUUUCAGUGUAAUUAGUGAGCUAUGUGAAUAUCAUAAUUGUUGCUAAUUGUCAAUACACAGUGGUAUUUUAAAGAUAUAUCACAACCAUAUUUUAAAGAAAUCCAUGAUAUUGUUUAUAUUUUUGUUAUAGAAAAUGUGGCUUUUUUGAAAAAAAGCACGAGACCAUAUACAUUUUUAUCCCCUUUUGUUUUUGGUAAAUUAUUUUGUACUGGUUUUCUUAUUAAUCUGUAAGGCUAGAAAUCCAAUUUCUUUCAACUGUAGCAUUGUGCUGAUUUUAACCGCCCUGGUUUUUAUGUAAACAUUAUUUUAAAAACGUCAUUUAAGAAAUAUGAUUUGUUCCAGUUCAGCUCACUGACAUGUUGUUUCGUAUUUAUGUCACAAAGAGACAUCAAAUCAAAAAAAGAAAAUCCCUCUCUUAACAAUACACUGCCACUUUUUUCUUUUUUUUUCUUUUUUUUUUUUACUAUCUGAAUCGAAACUUUUCAUCAAUCCCAUGGAAGGAAGUCGUCAUCAUUUCAUAUUUUGUUCUCACUUUUCAGGUGAGCCAAUUUGGUGCAUAAGGCAGCACCCCAAAAUCUGUAGUUGCACAAUCACAAUAAAAGGGCCAUUUCUGUGGGGGGAGUUGUUUUAACAAAAUAAAAAAGUAAAAUAAAUAAAAAAAAAAUAAAAAUACAGAGAGUAAGGGCACGUUCAUCAUUCUGGCCUGGGAAAAGAUGUUGAGGGUAAGGCUAGGUCAAACGUCCCAAGGAUGCCUGUAUAUAUGUAAAUGAAUAUAGAGACAUGUGAACAGAAAUGUAUUCAUUUUCCCUGGGAAUGUGCAUUGUUUCUUCAGAAUAAUAAAAAGCUUGCAACCCCUCUACUGGAAGUGGCUGAAUAUGGAAAAUGAAACUUGUUAGUUAGUGUCUGUGGGUAUCUCUCAGCAUUUUGUUCCCCCGCUGUAAUAUACUUUCACCUCUUUUUGUUAGGGGAACUGGGACAGCUAUGUUUUACAUGUAAUAUUUAGCCUAAGUGUUCUAGUCUGUCACCUGCAUACUCUGAGGUGCUAAAGCUUAAAAAAAAAAAAAAAGGAAAAAAAAACGGUUACAAGAAAAUCGUUUGGAGGGGUGGGAGAAAGGAGGCGGGAGGGACGGGUCCAGAAGAUUGUAACCGAAUCCAUAGUUUGUACAAUUUUUGAUAUCAUGAGCAGUUGGAAAAAUGAUACAAUCUAAGGUGAUUCAUGCAAUGUGGCCAUUGUCUCUAUUGUGUACAUUGUAUGUACAAUCAUUUCAUAUUCUAAACUGGUCAGAAAAAUAAAGGAACUAAUUGUGAUUUUUAGUCUUGCAGAACUGUAUGUAGUUAGAUGAUGUGACAACCUAAUAUUUAUCUAAUAAAUAUGUAUUCAGAUGA